AAAUAGGAAGUGAGUGAGGAUUCAGUAUCAUGCACAGAAACGUUAGGCUGUGCUAAAUAUUUUAUCGUUUACAUUGGUUCUUUAUGCUUUUUUUUUCUACCAUGAAGAUAAACGAGAACACUUUACUGGAGGGAAGCAAAGUCGUGUUGGUUCCUUACACGGAGGAGCACGUACCAAGGUACCAUGAGUGGAUGAAGUCCCCUGAGCUUCAGCAGCUGACCGCCUCAGAGCCGCUGACCCUGGAGCAGGAGUAUGACAUGGCGAGGAGCUGGAGGGAAGAUGAUGACAAGUGCACCUUCAUCAUCUUGGACAAGCAGCUGUGGGCGCACAGCAGUGUGGAAACAGAGCAGUGCAUGGUGGGAGAUGUCAACAUCUUCCUGACUGACCCUACGGACCCAUCCUUGGCUGAGUUGGAGGUCAUGAUCGCAGAGCCCAGUUACAGAGGAAAGGGAAUUGGGAAAGAGGUGACGAGCAUGAUGAUGUGCUAUGGAGUCACCAAACUCGGGGUGAAAAAGUUUGAAGUGAAAAUCGGACUGGACAACGAGAUCAGCGUCGGCAUGUUCAAGAAACUCCACUUCCACGAGGUGUCUGUGUGUAAAGUGUUCAAAGAGGUGACCCUGGAGCUGACAGUGGAUGAGUCUGUCAGAAAGAGGCUGCUGGAUGACGUGGCCGACAUGAAGGAGGGAGACUACAGACACACCUGCAGCAACAGACAGGAACUGCUUUCACAGUGAGGAGUUGUUCAGAGCUGCACUCACUUCCAUUCAUGAAGGAGAUCAUUCUGCACACAGAGGAAGUACAUCUGAAGCCCAAAGGUGGUGUGUGGUUGAAGUCUGUGUGUUAAUACACACCUAUAACAAGACUGGGCUAAGUACUUGAUUCUGAUAGCUGCAUCUCGAGCAACAUGUCAUCACAACUGUCUGUUAUUUCUUGAUGACAGACCGUUGCUGUUGCUGGAGAUGCAGCUCUAUACACAGACUCUGGAGGUCCAACUGUAAUCAUAUCAAUGCACAGAAAGAAGUCUGGUCAGUUUGAUGUUUGUUUGUUUACGGCGGGAAAACCAUGAAAAGAGGCAAAAACAGGAGAGAGUUCAAAGACACUUAAACUGUAGUCGAUGACAGAGCGACCCACAAAACUGAGCAUGCAUGAAGUAGACACUUAACCGAAUGAGGAUGAGACAUGGAGGUGUUCAUGGGCCGUUAAAUGGAUUAGAAAAUGACAGACUGACCGGGACAAGGCUGAAACCACUACUAUCGAAGCAGCUCAAACUUAGAGUGGAAUUAAGUACUUUUAGUUUAGCUUAUUAGAUCACACGUAUACAAAUAAUACAGAUUAACAUACAUCUAGACAAUUAGAGAUGUGAUGGAGACAUGCAGAAACCCUCACGGCCAAAUUCCACCAGAUCUGUCUCCGAUCCAUGGCACCGGAUCUGAUAGGUUUUUCUUCAAGUCAAUGUGUUAACUCCCACUGGAUCUGCUCCGUUGCGUUCUGGCUGCGUCUCUGAUCCGGCAGGUCGGAACCAGGGGUGCAUCUCGCUCGGCUGGAAGUGAAGCUUCCAGCAAAGCGUCUGCCCCCUGGUGGCUGGCUGCAGUGUAGGUCAAAAACUCUGUCUCCCCCAUUCAUUUGAAUGGGGCUGCAGUCACACUUAAAAAAAUAAAUACACGUCGUACGAAUGUUUCUCACAUCUGUAUGCUGUGGUGAUAUGUAGUUAGUAUUUGACUUUUUUGUGUUCAAGGCCUCUUUUUUCUGAAAAGUUUCUUUUUCGUUAGCUCUUAGAGGUUAAAAAAAUGUGUUUUACUUCCGGGUUCACUUUGAUUGACAGCUGCCGUAGAGGGAAACUUCAUAGGAUCUUGUGACGCUACGCUGUAGGGCGGAGCUCGUUACCGUUCUGUGGCUUCGCAGAAGGCUGCACAAUGGCUGCGCCCAGGAGCGGGUUUUUUUUGGCUUCAGAACCGUACAACGGGAAGAGGCGGUACAGAACGCAACGGAUCAGAUAUGCAAGACUUCUAUUUUUGCCAUAUGCUGGAGCAUCAAUAUGCACGGAGCAGAUGGAGCGGGACAGGAAGUCAGGCACCAAAACAAAAUUAAAACAUCCGGUUAAUUUUCAGAAUAAAACACUCUGUGUUAUCACCAGAUCUUAUUUCACUUAACUACAACAACAAAACGUCAUGAUGAGUGGAACCAGGCCUGGAGUCAACAGGUCAGAGGUUUUCAGAGGACCAUAAAGACAACAUGGAUGAGGAGAGGAGGAGCAGGAAAACCUUAGUCACACGACUCCGGCUGUCCGGCAGUCCUGCUCCGUGCGGUCUCAAAACGCAGCCGGACAGAGCACGGAGCUGGACUGCAGCGGAUCAGAGAUGGACCGGACCCAGAUCUGGUGGAAGUCCUGUCAUUAGCCUCUAAAAAGAAAAAAGAAAAGGAGAAAACAAAACAAAUGUCAACAUCAGGGUCAUAGUCACCCUGCUGGGGUUCCAAUCAGCUAUAACAACCUGCUCACUGUACAUUAUCCCUCACUUAUAUACUGUUGUUUGUAAUCUGUAAUCCCAGAAUACUCGAAAAGAAACUGAGGACACUUUCUGAAGUGCUGAACUCAAGUACUGUUUAGAGUAACUGAAUCUGCAUGCAUGUUUUUUUGGACGUACUGUAUACUCUAUUUAUUUAUUUUGUCAGUGGUUAGCGCUGUUGCCUCACAGCAAGAAGGUCCCUGGUUCAAAUCCCCCGUCGGGCAGGUUCCCCUUUGUGUGUGGAGUUUGCAUGUUCUCCCUGUGAAGGCGUGGGUUCUCUGUUCUUCCCACAGUUAAAAAAAACAUGAUCACCAGGUUUAUUGGUCACUCUAAAUUGCCCCUAGUUGUGUGCAUGAAGGGUUGUCUGUCUCUACAUGUAAGCCCUGUGACAAACUGGCAACCAUGUCGUACCCUGCCUUGGGCCCACUGACAGCUGGGACGGGCUACAGGCCCCUACGACCCUGAACAAGAUAAACGGCUGCUGUAUUUCAGAUUGGAAUAAUGUCCAGCAGCUCUAAUAGUCUAAAGAGACAUGACAAGGAUGUCUGGUCGUUCUGGAUAUCCUGAGGUCUCUGUUGGAGGUGGUUCAGUGUUUUUGUUUUGUCAGUUAUUUGUCAACUUCAGGAUACUGACUUUGUAAACUUUUUUUUCAAUCUCAAAACAAUAAAUAAAUAUAAAACAUGA